CCCUCUCCCUGUCAACUGUCAAAUCGACGAGCGUUGUUUGUAUACGGAAUUUAUCUCGCGGUUUCGCGUCGUCGUGAGGGAGAAAGAGAAAGACAGAGAGAGACUCCCGAUCGAGAUCGAGUUGUGUAGCUUUAGGGCAUCAGGAUGAGUCGUACGAUGGAUGAGAAGGAGGAAUUGGUGAAGAAGGCCUUAUUUAGUUUCGUUAGGAAACAGGUGCCCACUGCUCAAUUGAGUUUAAUAGACGACAUUGUACUAAGUUAUGUAGUGAGUAUAGUAGAAGAAAGUGCGUUGGAGGAAAAUUUAGAUGUGGAUGGAUUGUGCGAGAUGGUAUCCGCUUGCCUUCCCGAGUUUUCCACUAUCGAAAAAGAAGCUGUAUCAAAAUGGUUGCUGGACGUGGAAAGUAAAUUGAAACAAGAAAGUAAAGAUAGUGAAAAUUGUCAAUCUCACAGCGAUCCAUUGAAUCACAUCAGCCUCUCCGCUCUUUUGCCAGCUGGUACGCAAAGAAUGCGCAUUCAUCAUCUCUCAGAAACGAGCGAUGCCGGUAGUGAUUCUAGCGGAGAAUAUUUUUCGGAGGAAUCUUCUUGGCAUCAGGUUGCUCUGUUGCAAGAGAUGUUUCCAGCAGCGAGCACUGCUGAAGCCAGGCAUUGUUUGGCGGUGGCCGGGGGUGAUAUAGCAAAAGCCGCACAACUGGCGUUACAUCGUCAGGAAGCAGGUCAAAGUAUCGUGAGCAAUCUUACGUUUUUAACGCCCAAUGGUCGUAAUAAAGCGAGAUUGAACGACGAAGAGCUGAAAUCUCGUAUCAUAGCACGAUAUAGUUACGUCGACAGAGACGAUGAUUGUCGUGAACAUCGUCCAGUAGCGCCAAAAACAGAGCCCAAGAAACUGGUACGAUAUCUUGAUAAUAAGAUCGUAAGUGUAAAGGGUGAACGUUAUACGGAAGUGCGAAGGGGUGGCGAGGACGAAGAUGGUAACGAAGGUGGUAGAAAGAGAGGUCAUUGCCGUCCGUAACCAGUCCCUUUGCCUCCACCCCCUGAUCCACCCCCUUGGAGGCAUCUGAUUUUCGAUUGAAUUUUAGGUCUUUUCCAUCUUACUCGUAUAGGAAUAUAGACAAAAUAUCGAAUUUAAACAGGCGUAGCAUUUUUGACGUUUAAUUUCUAUAUAAUGCAGCCUACGCAACUCUUGGAAUCUCUCACAUGUUUGAACAUUAAUUUGUUGAUUAAUUUACUGCUGUAUUAUAUAUAUGACUAUAAUUUUUUACGUUAUUAGUUCCAGUGGAUUCGAUUAUCAAUCAUUUAAUGAAAUACCGUUUUUUCAUUUCUGUGUAUAGAUCAUAUUUCUUCGAUCGAGCGUGCAAUGGCCGUUAAGAUAUUUAUAUCUGUAAUUAGAAUAUAUAUAAUAUUACACAAAUGCAUUAGUUAUUUUGUUCUAUUAAUAAUGGUAUUAUCAAAAUUGCAAA